AUGACGUCCAUCCACGAGCUCCCCGUCGAGCUGCUCCUCCGCAUCUUCGAGUUCGGCAUGCUCGACGCCCGCCCCGCCAUGUCCUCCACCUCUCCCUUCCCCGCAGAGCCCCCCUUCGAGGUCCUCGUCUCCCACGUCUGCCCCCACUGGCGCGCCAUCGCCCUCCACGCCCCCGCCCUCUGGACACACAUCGCCAUCGCCAUCGUCCCCCACGUCGCCCGCGCACGCGAGUACAUCGCCCGCUCCGCCCGCCAGCCCCUCCGCAUCCUCGUCGACUCCGUCGCAGAGGCAGACGCCGUCCCCGGCUUCACCAUCUUCCGCGCAGAGUUCCUCCCCGCCUUCGCCGUCCUCACCCCCCACAUCCACCGCUGGGCCGCCCUCGCCCUCCGCGUCCGCGACCUCACCUGCAAGGCCGCCGCCCGCAAGGUCCUCUCCUCCUGCGGCCCCGCACCCCUCCUCGACUCCCUCGAGCUCUGGCACAUCCAGGACUGGCGCACCCCCGAGGGCCUCUUCAACGCCAUCGGCCCGCCCCCCGUCGUCGUCUUCAACGGCGCCCUCCCCGCCCUCGCCCGCCUCUCCCUCAUCGGCGUCAACAUCCAGUGGCAGGCCUCCUCCUCCCCCUUCCUCCGCGACCUCACAGACCUCGAGCUCGGCAUCCACUCCGACAACGUCCGCAUCCCCUUCCCCCGCUGGGCAGAGGUCCUCGCCGCCUCCCCCCGCCUCCGCCGCCUCCUCCUCCACUACUCCGGCCCCCGCGCAGCCCUCCCCUGGGACACCCGCCCCCGCGGCGGCCCCAUCCCCCUCCCCGCCCUCGCAGAGCUCCGCCUCGUCGACCUCGACCCCCCCUACGUCUGCGCCCUCCUCCGCACCCUCCACGCCCCCGCCCUCCGCGCCCUCUUCCUCGAGCUCGACACCCGCGACGCAGACCCCGAGCCCGCGCAGGACUUUUUCCGCCCUCGCAGACAUGCUCGCCUGCGCACCCGCACCCGAGCCCGCCCUCGUCGACCCCGCCGCCCGCUACGCGCCCCCGCCGUGUCCCAUCGACGACCCGCACCACGCCCUUGCAGACCCACAGCACGCCCUCGCAGACCCACAGCACGCCGCCGCAGACCCACAGCACGCCACCCCCGCCGACCGCCACCACAUCUGCACCCCGCUCUUCCCGCGCCUCGAGUCCCUCGCCAUCCGCGCCCUCGCCGUCUGCGCCCCCGCCAGCUGGGCCCGCCUCCUCCGCCGCCUCCCCGCGCUCCGCACGCUCGAGGCCGACUUUGA